GACACGCCGACACGUGUCUCAGGAUGGUAUAAAAAGCAGACCAAACGCUUUGCUCAUCACUGCAUUAGUUUACUUUACCUGAACAGGUGUGCCUGAUACUCACCUACAACAGAUUCCCCAGAGGAGGAAAAAUUUACACAAAUCAACAUGAAGGUUCUCAUACUGUCUGCUCUUCUCUGUAUGUACUCUGCUGUGACCCAUGCUGCGACCCAUGCUGUGACCCAUGCUGCACCUGUCUCUAAGUCGACGGAGGAGGCGGCCUCUAUGGUGGAGGGUCCUCUGCCAGAAGUUGAAAUGUUUGCCGGUCAGUGUCCUUCUGGCUGGUUCAAAAAAGGUUCCCGCUGCUUUUUGAUGGUGACCUCCAAGAAGAACUGGAGCAAUGCUGCGACGCAUUGUGUGGGGCAGCAAGGCAGUCUGGCCUCUGUGCAGUCUUCUGAUGAAUACAACUUCCUGCAGACUAUGGUUACAUUUUCAGGCCAAUCAAGCGCUUGGAUCGGAGGUUUCCAUUUCCAGGGUGCCUGGCGGUGGAUUGACAGCGCUGGCUUCUAUUACACUAACUGGCAGACACAGAACAGUGUGUCACGUUAUCCUUGCUUGCAGCUGAAUUCCAAUGGUGGCUGGUCAAACUACAACUGUAGAACAUCCCGCGCAUUCUUCUGUGCCAGGAAUGGACCCCCCUCCUGCUGAUAGACACCUGCAGUGUCAUUUCAUGUAAAGAAAAUGUUACAUGUCACUGACUUCUAUGUUAUGUAGAGGAAUAAUCAGGCUUGGAAAUCUCCAUAUCAAAUUUUGAACAUUUACAUUGUAGUAUACUUUUGUUGUUGGAUAUAUCUGAAAUGAAGUGUUGUGGUUUAAAUGUUUGAUAUACAAUAAAUAUGUGCUGACAUUUA